CUUCAAGCCCUGGAGUCGACCAGUUAACUGCGUCUGGGGCGUGUGGGGAGCGUUUUGUGUUUUAAAAGAAGAUCCCAUCGAGAUUGGACUGGUCAGCAACCCACGAUGCCGCUCCCUGUGGCGCUGCAGAGCCGCCUGGCAAAGAGGGGCAUCCUCAAACAUCUGGAGCCUGAGCCAGAGGAAGAGAUUAUUGCUGAGGACUAUGACGAUGAUCCUGUCGACUAUGAGGCCACCCGGUUAGAGGGUCUGCCGCCGAGCUGGUACAAAGUGUUUGACCCUUCUUGUGGACUCCCUUACUACUGGAAUGUGGAGACAGACCUCGUGUCGUGGCUCUCACCACAUGACCCCAACUUUGUCGUGACCAAAUCUGCCAAGAAACUCAGGAACAGUAAUACAGAUGCUGAGGACAAGUUGGAGCGGAAUCAUGAGAAGUUGGACAGAAAUCAUGAGAAGCCAGACCGAAGUCAUGAGAAGCCAGAAAGGAGCCAUGACAAGGCAGAACGAAACCAUGAGAAGUCUGACCGGGAUCGAGAGCGGAGCUAUGACAAAGUGGAGAGAGAGAGAGAUCGGGACAGGGACCGAGAUCGGGACCGGGGAUAUGACAAGGCAGAGCGAGAAGAUGGGAAAGACCGGCGCCACCAUCGCAGAGAAGAGCUGGCUCCUUACCCCAAGAGUAAGAAGGCAGUGAGCCGGAAAGAUGAAGAAUUAGACCCCAUGGACCCCAGCUCAUACUCAGAUGCACCCCGGGGCACAUGGUCAACAGGACUACCCAAGAGGAAUGAGGCCAAGACGGGCGCAGACACGACAGCAGCCGGGCCCCUCUUCCAGCAGCGCCCAUACCCUUCCCCAGGGGCCGUGCUCCGCGCCAACGCCGAGGCCUCCCGAACCAAACAGCAGGACUGAACCUUUGUCCCUGGGAGCUUUGGCGCUUUGCCUUUCUGUCUUUCAUCCCUGCCGCUCUAGAGAUAGGACCCAGAGCUUUGCACAUGCUGAGCAAUCAUCUCACCAAUGAGCUAUACUCCCGGCCCCUUUAUUGGUUUUUUGUUUUUUGUUUUGGUUUUCCGAGACAGGGUUUAGCUGUGUAGCUUUGGAACCUGUCCUGGGU